AUGGAGAUUCCAUACAGAAAGCUUAUAAUAUAUGUUUUAACGUUUGUUGCCUAUGCUUACUCAGGCGUAGGUUCAAAUAUAUUACGAAAUUUGAAAGAUGCAGUUUUAUCAGCUGAAUCAGUGUUUGGAGAUAUGUUACGAAAUGUCAUAACAGUAGCUGAAAAAUUUCGAUCAUUGCAUGACAUAUUUGAUGCAGCUGUGGAAGAGGAUUGCAUAUUUAGUUGCCCUGGUGGUCAAAAGCCAGUGAGAAACAAGAUUCACAUACCUAAAUCAGAUGGAUGUGGAUCGUUAGGAUUUGAUGUAUAUUCUGGAUAUUUACCACUUGAGGAGAUGACAAAAUGUUGUGAUGCACAUGAUAUUUGCUAUGACACAUGUAAUAGUGGUAAAGAGAUUUGUGACUUGGAAUUCAAAAGAUGCUUGUAUAACUACUGUGAUACAUACAAAUCUGUCAAUUUAGCAGGAGAUACUAUUACCAAAGGUUGCAAGGCAGCUGCUAAAUUAUUGUUUACUAGUACACUUACACUUGGCUGUAAAUCGUAUUUGGAUGCUCAAAGAAAUGCUUGCUAUUGUCCACCAAUAAAGACCAAUAAGCAUAAGAAAUAUACCACUGGUGAUGGAGAGCUUUAA